GCAUCCACUGAUCAAGGACCGACUGUAGCUGGAAUACCCAAACAACAAAGUGUUGAAAUGGGUACUCCCAACUUCGGAAUUUCUGGCCCCACACUGUGACUCCAUCACCGCCGUUUUGGAAGUGAACACUGAAUCAAAUCCCGAAUUCCCGGAAGAAUGGGAAUUUUGCAUAGGGGAGGAAGCGUCCUCAACAAAAGACGCCCCCAUCUGUUUCAGAUGCAGAGGGAGAGGACACCUGGGCACUGACCCAGCGUGUCUGAGAUCCCCCGAACACUCAAAAGAGAAGAAACUGAGACAAAACAUGCUGGUGGAAGUGGAAGAAGCAAAAGGAAUAUGGUUCGUUAACGACCAGGACUACAACGGAUGGGUCGUUGACGAUACCAUCGAGGAUCCGACGUGGAUCUGGACGUACAACUCGAGCCCGACAACAAAACAGCCAGAUAUAUUCCCUCCCUCAGACAACAGAUGGCAUGCAGUGGGAGCAAAGAAGGUAACAGGAAUACCAGGUAAGAUUCACAAAGACCAAAUCAUCGACCCACGAGCGAUCAAGGAAGAGAAGAAGCACGAGGAUCUGUUGUGGGACAUGGAGACAAUCAGGAUCCAGAUAGCAGAAACAUGCCAGAAAACCAACCUGGACAACAACACCCUGAUACAGGAAGCGAAACAGACCCUCGAGCACCGCCACCCCAAACCAGAGAUCCCCCCCGCACUCAAGCGGAACGCCUCUCCCUCCUCCAAGGGAAUCCAAGAGGACAGGGCAGGAAAGAAGAGAAGGGCAACUGAGGAAGGUUCAGGCAGCCAGAACGAACAACGCAGACUCACGCAGGAGAUCGCAACAGUGGCAGCCCAGACGAAAAGACUGUUCGACCAGGACCAGGACUACAAAAAGGAAAACGGAAAGAAGUUCAUCACAGUUCGGAUGAUCGCGGAAAACAAGGUGCCCAGCGUCCCCAAAUCAGCAGCCACUGAUAGGGGGACCAUCAGAGCAGUGAGACCACUGAUACCAGUCCGGUUUAGAAGCAAACUCAACGAGUGGCAGGUGGCCACAGAUGCAACAUUCACAAUCCCCACCCUCAAUGACGAAAGAGCCCUGGCAAAGAGCAUCAGGGACAAUAUCUCAGUUGAGACUCCGCUGGGGGUGUUCGGGAUCCCGCCACGAGAGCAGACAGCCGAAGGGAAGAUGCUGGAAGAACCGAUCUUCACCCCCUUCGACCCCAUCCUGGUCAAGCUCGAUGAGAGAGUAAAACUCAGCGAAGGCCUGACCUGGAGGGUGUGGGACACGAUCACGAUGCUGCCAUACAACGUGCUGAACGAAAGGUUCAACACGGCCGAUAUCAUUGCGGACUCGCUGGCUGAUAUCAUCAGGACCCGCCUCUUGACCUCCAAGACCUCGCUGCAGGACGAGGCGACCCCCAUCGACGUGGAUUUGGGGAGGGAAGAAACAGACAUGGAGAACGAAGAGGAAGAGGAGAUGGAAGUGGGCGACAAGCUCUCCCCAGGGGGAGAUGACGAUGAGCCUUCACCGGCGACUGAGAGCAGCGCUGGAGAGUACAGCCUGGGCUCCUCAGCAACGAAGGAGGACAGCAGGGACUCAGACACCGACAGCAGCAAGACACAGGCAGCCGUGGACUGAAUAACUUACCGCAGUUAAAAUAAAACCCCACCCCACAA